AUUUUCGAGGACACAGUUCAAUAAGAUAUCAUAAUGGCUACAUGGUCUGUGCUGUUGUUAACUGUGUUGGUUGUUAGUCAUUCCUUUGCGGAUAACUUCAAUGAUAAGAAAUGCCAGUCUGGUGUGACCUUUCACGGCGAUACAGCUGACAAAGUUGUAGAACUACUUUCCAAUAAUUGUGGAUGUAAACAAGACAAAAAGUGCAAUAACGACAAUGAAGACUCGGAAGAAGAUCAAGGACCAUGUACAGUUAAGAGACCGUCUGACUGUAGUCACUUGGAUAAAUCUACGUGUAAAAGUGGAAUUUACAAGAUUUACCCUGAAAAGACUUCCGGUUUCAAAGUUUUCUGUGAAAUGGAGAAGUAUGGCGGAGGAUGGACAGUAUUUCAGCGAAGGAUGAAUGGUAAAAUCCAUUUCUAUAGAGACUGGGAUUCGUAUAAACGUGGUUUUGGUAAUAUGAAAGGAGAACAUUGGUUAGGAAAUGAUCACUUGCAUCAGCUGACUUCACAAGGAAAGUACAUGCUUAGGAUAGACAUGUCCGACUUUGAAAACAGUGAGAGGCAUGCUGUAUACAGCAAAUUCUCUGUUGGAAGUGAAACUUCAGGAUAUAAAUUAGAUGUCACUGGCUACUCUGGCGAUGCAGGUGAUGCUAUGAAGAUUCACCAAAAUGGACACAAAUUUUCAACGAAGGAUAAGGAUAAUGACGUAUCUAAUGAUAACUGCGCUGCAAUGUUUAAAGGUGGGUGGUGGUAUGGUGGUUGUCAUCAAAGUAACUUAAAUGGCCUCUAUCUGAAAGGAAGCCACAAAUCAUUUGCUGAUGGUGUAAACUGGCUACAAUGGAAGGGUUACAACUACUCUCUAAAGACAACAACUAUGAUGCUCCGCAGAACAUAAACUGAUAUACAUGCAUGUGUAACUCCUGAAAAAUAAAUAGAACACAUACUAA